UUCGGGGCCCAAAAAUAGUCUCUUUGAAACUUGCAAGAUCGUCGCUGCCGCACUGCGAAGAGACGGCGGCGAUUAAGCUCUGCGAAUUACCAGCUGGUGAUAAUGGGGAGGACUAGGGGCGGCACAGUUCUGAGGUGACCGGCCACGGGGUUGCCGAUAUUGUAGGCAUAUUCUUCUUCGAUAUUCCUGCAGUAACCACACUUUAUGUGACAAUGCGCUCCAAGGACCGGAUCUCUUACUUCUACGAUGGUGACGUGGGCAGCGUUUACUUUGGGCCAAACCAUCCAAUGAAGCCUCACCGUCUUUGCAUGACUCAUCAUCUUGUCCUCUCAUACGAACUUCAUAAGAAGAUGGAAAUUUAUCGUCCGCACAAGGCUUAUCCUGUUGAGCUUGCCCAGUUUCAUUCAGCUGAUUAUGUUGAGUUUUUGCACAGGAUUACGCCUGACACUCAGCAUUUGUUCUCGAAUGAAUUGGCCAAAUAUAAUCUUGGAGAAGAUUGCCCUGUAUUUGACAACUUAUUUGAAUUUUGUCAGAUUUAUGCGGGUGGAACCAUAGAUGCUGCACGUCGAUUAAACAAUCAACUCUGUGACAUUGCUAUAAAUUGGGCUGGUGGACUACACCAUGCCAAGAAAUGCGAAGCGUCUGGAUUUUGUUACAUCAAUGACUUGGUUUUGGGGAUCUUGGAGCUUCUUAAAUAUCAUGCUCGUGUUUUAUAUAUUGAUAUAGAUGUCCACCAUGGUGAUGGAGUAGAAGAAGCCUUCUACUUCACUGACAGGGUAAUGACCGUUAGUUUUCACAAGUAUGGAGAUAUGUUCUUUCCGGGAACUGGUGAUGUCAAGGAAAUAGGAGAAAAAGAGGGCAAGUUUUAUGCCAUUAAUGUACCCCUUAAAGACGGAAUAGAUGAUCCUAGCUUCAAUCGGCUUUUCAAGACAAUUAUUUCUAAGGUUGUUGAAAUAUAUCAACCUGGCGUGAUAGUUCUCCAAUGUGGGGCAGAUUCGCUUGCUGGAGACCGUCUGGGAUGCUUCAAUCUUUCCAUUGAUGGUCAUGCUGAGUGUGUUAGAUUUGUAAAGAAAUUCAAUUUGCCUUUACUGGUCACUGGAGGUGGGGGAUACACAAAAGAGAAUGUCGCUCGGUGUUGGACUCUUGAGACUGGUGUUCUUCUCGAUACAGAACUUCCAAAUGAGAUCCCUCAGAAUGAUUACAUCAAAUAUUUUGCUCCAGAAUUUUCCUUGAAGAUUCCCAAUGGGCACAUAGAGAAUUUAAAUAGUAAAUCAUAUCUUAGCACCAUCAAAAUGCAAGUCUUGGAAAAUCUCCGUUACAUUCAACAUGCUCCAAGUGUACAAAUGCAGGAGGUCCCUCCGGAUUUCUACAUUCCUGAUUACGAUGAAAAUGAGCAAAACCCUGAUGAGCGCAUUGAUCAGCACACUCAAGACAAGCAAAUCCAGCGGGAUGAUGAAUUUUAUGAAGGUGACAAUGACAACGAUCAUCACAUGGAUGAUGUAUGAAGUUUGCCCCAGCUUUGUGUAUUCUCUUGGGGGAAGAUUGAGUUAUGAAUAUUAUGAAGUUUGACUUAGGGAAGGAAAUUGUAAUUAGAUUCAAAUACUCAGUUGUUACCAAGGGUGGGAAAAAAGCAGUGGUAUUUAUGUGAGAAAUUCUCGCUUCCGAUGUAUUCUUUGUAAAUUUUCCCUGGAGUUUUGUUUGUUUCUUUUACGAAGGGCAUUUCUCCGUAACUUGAUAGAUAGUGUAACUGCUGAGCUCUGCGCAA